AUGAAUGAAAAAGCUAUGGAGUAUACAGAUGUGUUGAAUGCUCGCCUAAACAAAUUCCAGCAAGAUUUUGAUCAGCAACUUCUCAGCAUUGAUCGGCUGGCCACGGAAAACACACACAAAGCUGCCGAGUUGAAGGCAAAGGAAGAUGAGAUAAAUGGGCUGAGACAGGAAACACUGCACCAAAGUGCAAUGGCAGAGGCCAUCCAGAGAAAGCUGAGAGCCAUUGAGUAUCAGAAGAUUGAGGUUGAACAACGGGAAGAAACUCUUAAAAGACAAAUUUCUGGCUUAGAAAAAGCAUUAACUAGUAAUGGUCUUCAGGGUUAUAGCAGAUAUCAACCGCCAUCAUCUCUUCUACCACCAAAAUCAGAUGGUAUUGACAUGGAGGUUAGAGCAUACAACGAGUCAUUGGUGCCAUAUACAGCACCACUAUCUCUCGGUCGUUGGUCUAAAGGGGAAGAAGUGAAUCCUCAAGCACCACCACCAUUCAUUGAUACCUGGCCUAAUUACGCAAGUGCCAAAGGACCAGCAGGUCAACCAAGAUCAGAAGAUGAUCAAGAUGAUACUGGUUCUAAAAGAGACAAAGGAGAUAGCGGCCUAAAAGGAGAUACUGAUGCACAGGGGGCUCGGGGAGAUCAGGGUGACAAAGGAGAUACUGGUACACGAGUUCCCAAGGGUGAUACUGGUGCAGAAGAGGCACCUGGAAGUAGUGGUACUGGGUAUCAGGGUCCUAAAGGGGACAAAGGGGGUACCGCAGCACAAGGACCAAAAGGAGAUAUCGGUCCUCAGGGUCGAAAAGGUGACAGAGGAGACACCGGUCAUCAAAGUCCCAAGGGUGAUAAAGAUGACAUUGGUAUUGCAGGUAAAAUAAUGAUGGUACAAGAGUAA